AUGUCUACCUCAUCAUUCUCAUCAGCUGAAAACUUUGCUCCAUUAUGGAACUUUUUAAGAACCAGUUCCCUAGACAAAAUCACCACUUCUAAUGUAAUUACGCAACUAUGGAAUUGCUUCAAAAUUCAAACGGAACAAGAAGAUUUUGACAGCAUCAUGAAAAUCCUAAAAGAAACGGAAAGUGAAAUCAUUGAUAAAGAACAUAUGGGGUUCUUACGAGGAAAAUUCGAAGAAAGAGUAAACUGGAAAGCUUUAGCUUUAAAUAGUAUAGAACUUUUGAAAGAUAAAAUCAAGAAGAAAGGCGCACCACCACAUGAGCACAUUUUUACAAAAAUAAGCAAUAUAGAUGUUGAUGCAUUAUCAAAUGACGACCCGUUAUGUAUUGGAGUAAUCGAUCUCAGUUCAGAUAAAUAUAAUAUUCCGGAAAGCGAUUAUGAAUCUCUCAUU